AAGAAUAAAAGUCAAGACAUAUUUCAAAUGGCACUAUUAUUUAAUAUUUAAUAAAUUCAAAGAGAAUAAAUUUAAAUACAUAUUAUGUAGUUAAAAUAAUUAAGAGAUAAUAGUAAUAAAUACUGUAAUUAUAAAAGAUAUUGUUAGGGCUGGUUAGGCAACGCAAAGAUGCCUGGAGAACAUAGAUAUGUAUGGAGAAUCGCUUUCAAGAAUUUUAUUGAUUCAUUAAAACCAAGACCGAUCCAAGGAAACAAAAUAGGUAAAGAUUAUAUUGGAAAUAAAUACUAUGAAAUACCAGCUGACCCUAGUAGAGGAAAAAGGAGAGCUACAAGGUGGUAUGAUCCAGCAAAGGGUUUGGAUUUUCAGGAUAAAAUUCCUUCCGAGUGGGAAGCAUGGCUUAGAAUGAGAAGGACUGAACCACCAACUGAGGAAGAAAUAAGUAAAAAUCUUGCAAUAGCACAAAUGAAGAAAGAAAAUGCAGCAAAACUUGAAGCUAAGAGAUUAGAAGAGUCUCCAUUAGAUUUGCCAGUGCCCAUAGAGAGAGGCCCACAGCCAUUUCCAAAAUAUAAAGAUUUUCCAGCGGGUGACAUAGAAGAUAUAUACAAAAAUAAAUAUUAGGAGUGAAUUGUUUUAGAUUUUAGUUUAAUUACUGCUUUGUGAGAUUUAUGAAGUAUAUUUUAAGAGGUUA